AUGAAGUAUUAUUUCAUAUUUACCAUCAUACUCGCAAUCUGUCAUGCUUUACAGGAUGAUAAUAUAAAAUUGGGUGCGCACACAGAUAUGUUUCAAACAACCAAUAGAACAUUUGAAUUAAAUACUGACGGCGCAGAUAUGAAUUUAAAAUUAUUGCAAUUGGUGUCGAGCAUUUGUGGAUUAAUAUCAUCUAUAUAUCAUUUAUUUACGGAUGGUGAAAUAACUCGCAAAAUUACCCCCGUUAGGACAAGCACAAACAUUCACAAUAUUACACUCAAUGGUACCCAAUGGGAAUAUGCAUGGUCUUCACAGUCGAUGUGUGUAACGUAUGACAGUUUUGCAGUUGAUGAAGCCAUGCAAACUAUAUUGAAUUUCUGUAUUGAUGAAUAUAGUUACAACAUUACUCUCGCAAUGUGUAUCAUUAUUGAUCUACCUGAUAUUUGUUCAUAUGAGAUAAGAUUACAAAGAAAGACAGAUAUUGCAUUGAAAAUACGAAAACCGUUUGAAAAUAUAUGGAAUAUAAGGUGUAAUGGAUAUGGUAAUCAACAUAUAACAUAUGUAGGUGGAUUAUGCUACCCUAGUGACAGCAACUAA